AUGUCAGCCUCGUUUGGGUAUCCGAGCAAUGCCAUUGUUGGCAUGUCCGAACAAGCGAAGGAAAACCCACAACCACCCUCACCCACCAAACCCCAUCCGCGCUUGGACAUGAUGAUGAAGCCCCAAAGCUUCAGAAUAUUCCACCAUCCCAAACUUUGCAAAAUCUGCCAAAAUUCCGCACACGCCCAGUGUGACCCGAGCGCUGAUGAACGUCAGGCAAACCUGGAGCCGCAAGCAGCAGACUGCAGGGCCAGGACAUCCAGCCACUCGCUGAACGCCACCGCCCCACGUUGCCAAAAUGUGACGCUAUCAGGCUGCGUCACAGCAAAAAUAAAGUAUGGCUAA